AUUUUUGUUUGAAUGUUUUGAAAACACAAAAAGGGAACAAAAAGGGAAAUUCGCAUUUUGUGCCCGUGAAUGUUUUCUCGAUAGUGCUUAAAAUUUAAAAUUUUGUUUUUUAACAAUAGUUUCAAACCAGAUCUGUUGCGUCGUAUUCUACGGAUUCAAUCCCACCCGGCGAAACUAUGACGUCUAUGACCUUCGGUCAAAAGAAGUUCAUCCCGACAGCGCCGGAAAAAGGAAGUUUCCCCCUGGACCACGAGGGUCAGUGCAAGAAACUGAUGCUCUACUACAUGCGUUGCCUGCGCCAGAACAACGACGACAACUCAGCCUGCCGACAGGAGUCGAAAGCCUACCUGCAGUGUCGCAUGGACCACAAUUUGAUGGCCAAAGAAGAUCUCUCGAAACUUGGGUUCAGCGCAGAUGAAACUAGUUCAACAGGGAAGGGAAAUUAA